AUGGUCUUUUUGAUAUCAACACUUGAAGCAUAUUUUGCAUUUCUCGAUAAAAUCGAACCAAAAAUUUUAUUCUAUGGAUUAUUAUCUUUUACAUGGAUUGUUUCCAUUUGGGAACAUUAUCUAUCAUAUCGACAAUAUUGUAAUUAUAAACGCCAUCAAACUGUUCCAAAUGAAUUAGCCGAUGUAAUGACAAGUGAAGAAUUGAAUAAAGCUCGUUCAUAUGCUAUUGAUAAAAUGCGUUAUAAUGAAAUUCAUUCAUUAUUUAAUGAAAUUGAAACAACAAUUUUAUUAUUAAUUGGUAUUUUACCAUGGUUAUGGUCAACAUCAGGAAAUAUAUUAUCAAAAUAUGAUUAUAAUAAUCAUGAAAUCUUACAAUCAAUAGUUUUUCUUAGUAUAAUUAUGAUUUAUUCCACUAUAACAGGUAUUCCAUGGUCAUAUUAUUAUCAUUUUGUUCUUGAAGAAAAACAUGGAUUUAAUAAACAAACAAUUGGUUUUUUUAUUAAAGAUACUAUAAAAAAAUUGCUUGUUACAUUUGUAUUAAUGUUACCAAUUUUUUCUCUUUUAAUUAAAAUAAUUCAAAUAGGUGGAGAUUAUUUUUUUGUUUAUGCUUGGCUAUUUAUUACAAUUAUGUCAUUGAUUAUUGCAUUCAUUUAUCCAAAUUAUAUUGCACCAUUAUUUGAUCGUUAUGAUCCAUUACGUGAAGGAGAAUUACGUUCUAGUAUUGAACGACUUGCUGAACAAAUUAAAUUUCCACUUGCAAAAAUUUAUGUUGUCGAAGGCUCGGCUCGAUCAGCUCAUUCAAAUGCUUAUUUUUAUGGAUUUUUCAAAGCAAAACGAAUUGUUCUUUACGAUACCCUUAUCAAAGGCUAUAGUCUUCAUAAGGAGAAUAAAGAUAAUCUUGCUGAUAAAGAAAAUCAAUCAAAUAAAACAGAACAAAAUGAAAAUGAAGUAGAAAAUACAUUAACUCAUCGUAAAAUUAAUGAUGAUACAAAUGAUAAAGUUAAUGAUGAUCAACAAACAACAAAGAAAAAAACUGAUAAAGGUUGUGAAUCAGAUGAAGUUCUUGCUGUACUAUGUCAUGAAUUUGGACAUUGGUCACUCAGUCAUAAUCUUAUCAAUCUAUCUAUUUCAUUUAUCAAUCUAUUCGUGGUAUUUUCUAUAUUUGCUGCUCUAUUCAAACGUACUGUUCUUUAUGAAGCAUUUGAUUUUCCAGCAACUCAUCCAAUUCUAAUAGGUUUAUUAAUCAUUUUUCAAUAUGUUUUAUCACCGUAUUUUGAAGUUUUUUCAUUUGCUUUAACGGCAUUAUCACGUCGUUUUGAAUUUCAAGCUGACCAUUUUGCUGUUAAACUUGGUCAUGGUGAUCAAUUAUGUCGUGCAUUAAAAAAACUUGAAUUGGAUAAUAUGACAUAUCCAUUUUCAGACAAACUCUAUGCUACAUAUCAUUAUUCACAUCCAACAUUACUUGAACGUCUUAAAACAGUUAAAUCAAUGAAAGAAUAUUAA